AUGAGAGGAUCACUCAAAAUCUCGGCAUUGGCCCUGCUGCUGCAGCAUGCGACAGCGGCUCCUGUGACUGGGAGGGCCGAGGACUGGACGGCUGAUUCCUACGAUUUCAUUGUGGUAGGCGCUGGACCUGCGGGUAUAAUCGUCGCGGACAGGUUGAGUGAGACGGGCCUGAAGACGCUGCUCUUGGAACAAGGAGGACCAUCAUAUGGAAUCACAGGUGGCACAGAGAGACCCGACUGGCUCGCCGGCAGCAACUUAAGCCGUGUUGACGUCCCUGGAUUGUACAACACCAUCUUCACAGGAUCUGAGACCCUCACAUGUGGCGAUAGAAUAAAAGCCUACGGUGGCUGCACCAUUGGCGGCUCAAGCGCCAUCAAUGCGGGCUUGUUCUUCGAGCCUCCCGCAUCGGACUGGGAUGAUUUCCACCCGGAUGGUUGGAAGAGCACUGAUGUGAAAGCGGCAACUCAGAGGCUGUACGCGAGACAACCUUCCGUCGAGGUUACGUCUCCAUCCAAUGUACAGACCAGCUAUGAGGCAGCCAGGAAGUGGCUUGUCGAUGGAGCAGGAUACUCGGAGGUUGUCUUCAACGAUGUGCCAGAUCAGAAGCAGGCUGUCUUCGGACACACCUCUUACGACUACAGCAACGGGCAGCGCGGCGGCCCCGUCACUACUUACCUGCAAACCGCCCUGCAGCGACCAAAUUUCUCGCUUCAGAGCAAUGUUACAGUCUCCCGAGCUGUGCGUACGGGCUCCAAAGCUACGGGAGUAAAGGCCAUAGUCGAAGGCGUUGAGACCACCAUCAACCUCAGCUCCACUGGCCGCAUCAUCUUCAGCGGUGGCGCAGUUGCCAGCCCAGCACUCCUGAUGCAAUCAGGAAUUGGACCUGCAAACGUUCUCACCACCUUGCAUCAAGCUGGCGCCCUGGACCCGGCUAUGACACCCGAGACGUGGCUCAACAACAGCGACGUUGGUGCCGGACUGUUUGACAACCCCAACACAUUCAUUGAGCUGACCGCCCCAACUCUGGACUCGUACACCUACUCCUACAAGUCUCCCAUCGAGGCUGACCGGGAGCUGUAUUUGAACAGCCGCUCCGGGGCCUACUCUUACGCAGGUCAGACUUCUGCUUUCUGGACCUAUAUCAAUCAUACCGAUGGCUCCGCGCCAACCGGUCUUCAAGGCACAAUCGGCACAGCCGGAUACUCCGAAUUCACCAACGAUAGCACGAUAACGCUUAAUAUCUAUGGUACCUCCGGUCUCCUUUCUACAGGCCAGGUUUCCCUUGUCCAAGACUCAGAGACGGGCAAGUUCAUUCCCAGCGGUGGUAGCGGUAACUUUUACUCCGACCCAGCAGGACGCGACGCCGACGAUAUCGCCCAGUUCAUCUGGGACCUGUUCUCGGCGCUGGACAAGAGUGACUCCGGGCUAGUGCCGCUCAAUAUCGCCAAGGGCGCGACCAAGGAGGAGAUCAAGACUUACAUCACGACGCCGUCUGACUACGCAGUGGGUAUGGUCAACCACUGGAGCUCGAGCUGUCGAAUUGGCAAGUGCGUGGAUGCCCAGACGAGGGUGAUCGGGAUGGAGAACCUGCACGUGGUUGACGCGAGCAUCGUCGCGCCGCUGACGGUCAAUCCGCAGUUUGGUGUGAUGGUUGCUGGUGAGAGGGCAGGGGAGCUAAUUAAGGGGCUAAACAACUCGACCGAGGUGGGAGCCAAACUUGCUGUUAAUUUGUAA